UUCUGCUGUUUGUAACAUCUUUGAAACAGAGAAAGAAAAUUUAAUCUGCUUCAGAAGGACGCAGUGUGGAGAGCUCUGGAAAAAGCGAUGCUAGGACUGGACCGGGGCGGGGGCUAGCUUCUUCGUCACUCCCAAAUUAUCCCCGCCCUUGAAACCAGAAGCUUUAAAUAGAUUGUGUAAACCCCAAAGAGGCAGAGAUUAAAAAUUUCAUCGAGCAGGAAACUGCCAAAGGCGUUGGCUGAUCCAGCGGGGCGUAUUAAAGUUUCACACCAUCCGAGGACAACAGAAAGGGCUGCCAUCAAAAUCAAAAGAAAGGGGCUGUGGGCGCGAAUUCAACAGCAAGCUUGCGCCCGGACUUUCUUCCUGACAAGGCACUGAAUCGGAGGCGCUUGCGGGGCAUGGAGAACAAAAAGCAAUUAACAUGUCCCCUUGUCACAACUGUGUUUAUUGCUGCCAUUGGGUCCCUCCAGUUUGGGUACAACACAGGAGUCAUCAAUGCUCCUGAAGCGAUUAUCAAGAGCUUUUUCAAUGAGACAUGGAUACAGCGGUCAGGAUCCCCUAUUUCCAAGAAUCUCCUAACCUCACUAUGGUCCCUCUCUGUGGCAAUUUUCUCAGUAGGAGGGAUGAUUGGUUCUCUUUCUGUUGGACUAUUUGUCAACCGUUUUGGCAGGCGAAACUCUAUGCUGCUGGUGAAUAUUCUGGCCAUUGCGGGUGGUAUUUUGAUGGGCUUCUCCAAACUGGCAAAAGCUGUGGAGAUGUUGAUUGUUGGCCGUUUUGUCAUUGGUCUCUUCUGUGGCCUGUGCACUGGCUUUGUGCCCAUGUAUAUCAGUGAGGUCUCCCCUACUGCGCUGCGAGGAGCUUUUGGCACAUUGAACCAGCUGGGCAUUGUCAUUGGUAUCCUGGUGGCACAGAUCUUUGGCCUAGAAGUCAUCAUGGGAACUGAUAGUCUCUGGCCAUUGUUGCUGGGAUUCACCAUUGUCCCAGCCAUCUUGCAGUGUGCAGCACUGCCAUUCUGUCCUGAGAGUCCACGUUUCCUUCUGAUCAACAAGUUGGAGGAAGAGAAAGCACAAGCAGUUCUCCAGAAACUUCGUGGUGUCCAAGAUGUGUCCAGUGAUAUUCAGGAGAUGAAAGAGGAGAGUGCUAAGAUGUCUCAAGAGAAAAAAGUGACAAUUCCUGAACUCUUCCGGUCCCCUAGCUACCGCCAGGCCAUCAUCAUUGCCAUUGCCCUCCAGCUCUCCCAACAGCUCUCUGGAAUCAAUGCAGUCUUUUACUACUCUACUGGGAUUUUCAAAGACGCUGGAGUAAAACAGCCAGUGUAUGCUACCAUUGGGGCUGGUGUGGUCAAUACCGUCUUUACAGUAGUAUCGCUGUUCCUUGUGGAGCGUGCAGGCCGCAGGACACUCCAUUUAGUUGGCUUAGGAGGCAUGGCUGUUUGUGCAGCCGUCAUGACCAUCGCCUUGGUGUUAAAGGGUAUUGUGACCUGGAUUGGCUACAUCAGCAUUAUUGCUACUCUUGCCUUUGUGGCUCUGUUUGAAAUUGGGCCAGGGCCAAUCCCCUGGUUCAUUGUGUCUGAACUCUUCAGCCAGGGUCCUCGUCCUGCAGCGGUGGCAGUGGCUGGUUGCUCAAACUGGACGGCCAAUUUCCUGGUGGCCAUGCUCUUUCCCUAUGCUGUGGAGUUAUGUGGUCCUUAUGUUUUUCUCAUCUUCGUUGGCUUCCUAAUCCUCUUCUUCGUCUUCACCUUCUUUAAAGUCCCUGAGACAAAAGGCCGGACUUUUGAAGACAUCUCCAGUGGCUUUGAAAGGAGAACAAAAGAUGGUGUUGCCCCAGCAACUGUGGAAAAGAGUGCAAUGGUGGAAAUGACUAGCAUACAACCUGCUAAAGAUGUUGCAGCAAAUAUUUAAAAUGCUCGAUUCUUGACGCUUGUCUCUGAGGAUAAUCCUUACAGGGGGAAAGCAGAGAUACCUUUUUAAUAGCUGCUAUUUCUUCAUUUCCCCCCUGACUUCCUUGUGUGCCAAGACUUUUGCCAUGCACUAAAACAAGUUAAAUGCAAGGAAACCUUCCCUGCUUACAACACUGGAAGGCAAUAUGGCAAAGCUAACCUCAUUCUCCCUGCAUUGCUCCCUUCCCUGCUACUCGUCUAUAGGGACCUGAUCUUUUUCCUUCUUUUUACUGUAUUGACCUUGAAUCAUUACAUGGGGGCCAACCCUAUUUAAUGUGUGUACUGAUUUACAGCUUCGAAGCAAAUUAAUUUUCUUUAAGUUAGCUUUGAUCAUUCUCUUGCCAGAGUUUUUCUACUGUGUGGAUGUGGAAAGAGUGUCCAAAACACUGGGAUUUAAUUUAAAUCACGUGUGUGUGAGGAAGAGCUAUUUAUUUCCAUUAAAUGGGAGUUUUCUUCAUCUUCAGGAAAUGGGGAAAAGAUAUAAGAGAUUUUGUUCCUUUUUUGUACAAUCUGAAAAAAAUGUUUACUAGAGUUUAUUUAUUGUCACAUUUUGCUUGUAUAUAUUUAUUUUUAUGUAAAAUAGAAGGUGGUGUAGAUUAGGAAGAACUAAGCAUUUUGGUGGUAGGCAGUGGAAUAGCAAAGAGAAAAGAGGUUGCUCUCUAGAUAGGUAUGUGACCCUGAAUGGUGAUGCUUAUCACCCUUUAAGGGUCAGUUAUGCCUUCAGGAAGAUUGAGCCCUGGAGGGAACAAGCAUGUAUGUCUAUGGACACGUCUAUGCUUACCAGAAUAUCUGGUGAAUGUGUUGAAUACCUGUCAUUAAUUACUUGAAAAUUGUGAAGUUAAAGAGGGCAUUGUGACUUGAUACAUCCAGUCAUCUCAUUUCUAGAUGAAAGAUGGCAGGCCAUUUCUUGUAGUAGUGAUUUUUGAAGAUAUGAGUGAAUCUCCUGUGGCUGCUUAUGUGUAAACAUAUACUUUAGGAAGGGGAGCAUACAUGUUUAUUUCAAGAGCCAUCCAAGCUGUCUUUAUCGGCAGGAAUCUUUAAAGCAGCUGGCAUUUGCAAUCAGAGAAUGAAACCCUGUUCAAUGAAGGCAUGCAUCUCACAUUCUGCAAGGCUGCCAUUUUGUGUAAAGGAUAGAAUAUCUCCAGCCAUCUCUGGUAGCUUCUCAAUAGUUUUCCCUACAUUCAAACAUUUUCCUGCAAGUUGAUGUCAUUUUGCAUCACAUUUUCAUGCAUAUUAGGGCCCUGGAAUUCACUCUGUCUUCUAAAGGCAAUGUGGAGUCGGUUUUUUUUUUUAAAUUACAAGAUUACUUUGAUAUACUGUUUCUUGUGUCAAUUUAGCUUCUCUGUUCCUUUUUUAAAAAAGAGUAAAGACCAAAAAUAAGACAGAUGGUAUUAUUUAUGAAAGUGAAACAAAACUAGUUUUCCAACAUGUAUUUUUGUAAUUAAUUAUUUUUAUUAAAUGAAAGCAUGUGGCAAUUUCUUGACAAGACUGGAGAUGAUGGAACGAAGAAAUAGAGACCAAAGCUACUAAAACUUGAUAAUGAAAAAUUGUAAACCCCGCCCCCCUUUGUAUCUGAAUAGGUCAAGGAGAUCUCAAAUGUUUGUUAGCUAGUUGAGGUUUGCCUAAGGGUUGCCAAUGGAGUACAUUUUGUUACAGAUACAGAUAUAUGAAAUGCUGUAAUAUGCUAGCAGUAUUUUUUUUAUUAACUCACUCCUUUGAAUGGAGAGAGAAAGCCACUGUGUAUUAAUGAUCUAUGCCCUGUCCACACAGUGACUGCAUGGGAAGACGUCUUGAGUUUGUGGGAAGAUAUCUACACCAUAAACUAAUAAUAAUAAUAAUGUAUUUCUUUCUCUGUGGAGGGACCCUGGGAAGUGUAGCUGUGAGAGAGUUUACAUCUCUGGUUGAACAUGAGAGAUCUCACCAAACUUGUCAUUCCCGGUAUUCCUCAGAGGGAUGUCAUGGCAGAUAACAUGGUAAAAAAGUGUAGUGUAGUUACAGCACGUGCUGCUACUGACAAGGUCUUCCUUUGGGCAUUGAACUUUUCUUUAAGAGUUCUUAAUUAGCCAGGAGGUUCUGAAGGAAGAGAGUUUCUUGUGGCAACCUGUCUAUUGUCCUGGAGUACCAACUAUCUUCAUAGCUUAGUUUCACAUGGGAGAACCUCACUUCUGGAACAAUGGAACUGGGAUGUUCAUAAAAACUAGAAAUUGACUCAUUGCAAAUUAACUUCAUAUUGCUUCUCUUUGCUGCUCAAACUCUGUUUGGGUAUCAAGAGAGGAGGGGGUAUAGUAGCUGGGAUUCUCAGAAACUGGCACCCCAGACCUUCUGUCUUGAUUGGGAACAUUUGGGAUACAUUAAGGAUAUGAAAAUCCUAUUUGAUGUAAUCUAAUUUUGCUUCCAAGGAAAGCAUUUCUCUUUUCUCUGAGGUUAGUUAGGUAGACAGAGCCUCUUCUUCUUCUGUAGAAGGCCAUUUCACACGUCAAAAACAUCCUGCUGAGAUAUAUUUCUGGUUGUACUCUUUGAGAAAUACUCCUUAAUUUCUGUACCUCACACCCACUGCCCGUUAUCGGACCCUGCUUGUUUCUUGGGGUUCACUCUGUUACAUUUUUGCCCUUCGAAUCCAUGUUACUUAGCUCACCUAGAGCUAAUUCAUUCCCUCUCUAAGAAUGUAGUCCCUCCAGCAUCCCUUCUGUAUGGGUGAAACAGCAUUCCACACCUUGCCCUCCACACUUUGUGCAAUGCCUUGGAUAGAAAUUUGUAUGACUCACUUGUUCCUUUUUGUUUUCUGUGUUGUGAAGAUUUCCACUGGGUUUUAUAAGUUUUCUUAUUGUGAAUGUCUUAAGAUGUUUUUAAAAUAAAAGAUUUGGAUGGAAAUAUUA